AGAACUUGAACUAUAUCUUUUGUUAGUUUUGCACCUUACGCCAAAGGAGUUUUGAUUAUCAUUUUCAUUCGAUAAGCAUGAAGGUUUAGUUUGGCCCUUGCAUGCAUUGUCAUCACGCACUAUAAAUACACCACCAACUCUCUCUCUCUUCUUUCAUAAUUGGCAGUUACAAAAAGAGCCUAUGAAUUUGCUCCUUUUAAGAAACAAACAUCCUUACGAAACAAAUGCACCAUAAAUAACCAAUAUUAUCUCGAGAAAAAGAAAACAAAAAAAAAAAAAAAACCAUACUUUCAUCUUUUCCUUUGGAAAAUAUAUGUUUGAAACAAACCCACCAAAUCUUGCAAUCCAUUUAACACAAUGUCUGCAACAACAAUAUCACAUUUGGAAGACAACCCAACUGAGAAAACCUUUCAGAAAUGGCCAUCCAAUUUCUUCAAGGUCACGCUUUUGGAGCUGAAAAUACAAAGGGGAAUAGCUCUUCCUCUUUUGGCAGUGAACUUGGCAUGGUUUGCCAAGAUAGGCAUCACAACAGCUUUUCUUGGCAGGCUCGGGGAGCUCCAACUGGCUGGCGGUACGCUUGGCUUCACUUUUGCGAACGUCACCGGCUUCUCAGUUUUAAAUGGGCUCUGUGCUGCCAUGGAACCUAUUUGUGGUCAAGCUUUUGGAGCUAGAAAUAUAAAGCUCCUCCACAAAACCCUUCUCAUGACAACUUUCUUGCUGCUCCUCGCAACGCUUCCUAUUUCGUUCUUGUGGCUCAAUGUUGACAAAAUCCUCAUCCAUUUUGGCCAGCAAGAAGACAUUUCAACGGCUGCGAAGACCUACCUCUUCUAUCUCCUGCCAGACUUGGUAGUUACUUCACUCUUAUGUCCCAUUAAGGCCUACUUGAACUCACAAGGCAUCACAGUGCCAUCAAUGUUCUGCUCGGGUCUAGCGCUUGCUUUUCACAUACCGGUUAACAUCUUGCUUGCGAAAGCCAAGGGUCUCAAGGGUGUUGCAAUGUCUAUGUGGAUCACUGAUCUCAUGGUUGUGGUUCUACUUGCCUUGUAUACGUGUGUCAUUGAAAUUAAGGCAAAGGAAGGGAGGUGGAAGGAAGGGGGUUGGCUUGAUCAACAUGUCAGCGACUGGAAAAGGUUGCUCAAGCUUUGUGGACCUUGCUGCCUCACUACCUGCCUUGAAUGGUGGUGCUAUGAGAUAUUGAUGUUGCUCACAGGCCGGCUUGCGAAUGCCAAGGAGGCAGUGGGAGUAUUAGCAAUUGUGUUAAACUUCGACUAUCUGCUUUACUCGGUGAUGCUUUCUUUGGCAACUUGUGCAUCAACCCGCGUCUCCAACGAGCUUGGAGCAAACAGAGCAGGCCCUGCUUAUCAGUCUGCAUUUGUGUCUGUUGCAGUGAGUGUGGUCUCGGGUUUCAUAGGCGGUUUGGUGAUGUUAGGAGCCAGGGGAAGUUGGGGGUCUUUGUUCACUCAUGACAAAGGAAUUUUAGGAGGUGUGAAGAAGAUGAUGCUGCUGAUGGCUUUAGUCGAGGUGGUGAAUUUCCCUUUAGCAGUUUGUGGAGGGAUUGUCCGGGGAACGGCGCGACCGUGGUUAGCCAUGUAUGCAAAUCUUGGUGGGUUUUACCUCCUGGCCUUGCCCUUGGGAGUUGUCUUAGCCUUCAAGAUUGCACUUGGGCUCAGUGGAUUGCUGAUAGGGUUCUUAAUUGGAAUGGUUGCAUGCUUGAUUUUGUUGCUAAUUUUUGUUUUGAGGAUCAAUUGGGAAGAAGAAGCUUGCAAGGCACAAACACUUGCUUCCGUUGGUUGUCAAGCACCAGAAUAACCU